AUGGCGAAUCCGAAUCGACUUGUAAACGACGAAGUGAAGAUUGCUUUCUUCUCCAAAGGCGGCAACCCCCGGCCUGUUUCCAAUGAUACCAUGGCCAUCAUUGUUGACGGCGUUCGUACCGGUAUCCAGCGUUGUGUGGAUCGAAACAAGGAUGUUGACAUGUUCUGUUGCUUGCAGGGAGAUCGUUACAUUCCCAAUGGACGUCCAAUUCUCUUGUACGACCUGGAGGCAAAGAUGGUUUCAGCUUCCAAUGGACACCUGCGAUUCAAGACCAACAGAGGUGGCCACUAUCUUCACGUUAUUAUCAGUGGUGGUGCCAACAGCUUUGAAAUCGGAUGUGAUGAUGCUCGAGUUCCUGCUGCUGCUUCCAAACCAACUGCCAGUGCCAGUGCCAAACCAGCUGCUGCUUCCAAACCAACUGCCAAACAGGCCGAUCGAAAACCCAGCAAGAUGCGCCCCGUGCCUGAAGCUUCAAGUGAGAGCGAAGACGAGCGCCAACCAAUCCAGCGUCGCCGCAAGGACCGACGUCAACCGCCAAAAGCGCCAAAGGACCUUCUAGACGACUCUUCAGACUCGUCCGAAGCAGUAGAAAUGAAGCAUUUCUCCCAGCUGACUGGCCGCAACAGUCGCAAUCGUUGA